UUUACAGGAGACAACACGAAAGGGAAUUUGAUCAUUACAAUUUAGUUAAAUAUGUCGGCGAGUCCAAUUGAGAAUUCUGUUAAGCUGAGAGAAUGUCUGAAAAAUGGCACGCUGUCUCUUAGAGACCUUGAUAACAAGCAGAAGAGACGAUCCUCCAAGGGCAGAAGGAGGCGAAGCAAGACAAAGACUGGAAGAACUGAAGAGGCAGCUGAUGGCGGUGAAUCUGAAGUAAGGGCUACGGAGGACCCAGGACACAGCAAGAAGGCUUCAAAUGGUACCAAAUCUUCCGGGACCAAGAAAGCUCCGAAGGGAAGUGAUGUUCAUGUUGGAAUGAUCAACCAUCACAAGGAUUCUGAUGAAGAGACUGUACGCAGCCUCCUUAAUGAAGCCUUUGAUACAGUAGUCAGACAAUGUAUUGCUAUCGAGCAGAGUCAAGAAACAGAGCAACAUAAUGUUGUGAGUACCGUAGACUUUCAGCGCUCUGAGGAAUUGGAUGAAAGAAUGAGGGCGCAUAUAGAGAAAAUGAAUGCUGAGAAACUGAUUAUGCAACAGAUUAUGUACAAAACAGCAUCGGAAGUUGUCGUGGAUUUGUUCUCUUCCGCUGCCAAUAAUGCAAGCAAGAUGGAGACUGAAUGGACAGGUCAUGGCGAUACAACCAAAACAGAGACUAUGGAAGAACCGAUAAACACCUCGAACGCUUCAGAGGUUACCAAAUCUUCAAAGUCCAAAACAGGACUGACAGGAAGUGAUGUUCAUCUUGAAAUGAGAACACGACACAAAGAAUCUGGAGAGAUUGUACAUAGCAUCCUUGAAGAAGUCUUGGACACAGUUACCAGGCAAUGUAUUGCUAACGAGCAAAGUGCUACCAAUGAACAGGCAAUUAUGUUGGUCUUUGACUUUGUGGCAGCAAUGGACCAAUUCACAAAGACGUGCUAUCCGGACAAGAGAAGAGAAACCCAAGAGUUGUUAUAUCUGGAAGCAAAGGAAAAUGUAAAGAACUUGCUGCGAUCUACAGAUUAUAAUGCCAGAAUGAGGGCCCAAGUGAAACAAAUAAAUGCCGAGAAAGAGACAAGAAAACAGAAUGUGUACAAGGCGGUCUCGGAAACUGUCGAGGAUCUGUUCUCUUGCGCAAUCAAUAAUGCAAGCGUGCAAAAUGUGAUUGAAACAGAGAUGACCAAUGAAGACGAGACAGAUUGUGAGUUACCUGUGAGAGGCUGGAGAAGAUUUCUGUGCUGCGGACAGACAAACAAACAAAAGCAAAAGAAGAAUAAGUCUGGGUUGCUUGCUCGGCUGCGCCGCUUGUUUACACGCCGUUAAUUUUUGUCUUAUUUGGAAACUGUUUUAAUGUUUUGUAUAUUAGUUUAAACCUUUUAUAAAGAAAAGAGAUCUUUUUUUAUUAUUUGGAAUUCUUUACAUCAUAACUGCAAUUGUCAAUU